AUGACGAUCCGAACAGACUCUGAUCUUUCCAAACCGUUUUACAAAGUCACUGAACUGGUCCUAAAAAGUAACAAAGAAAAUAAGAAGAAGUUGGAGAUGAAACUCUUCGAUUCUGAAGGAAAAUUGAAUUUGAAGAUGAUCUGGAGUCAAAGAAAGGCCAAGAAGUUGGCCAAAAAUGAGAAACUGACUCAAAUCGAAAAGGAAAAUGUGCCAAUAAUUGAAUUAAGCCAAGAAAGCAUAGUUAAAUUACCAGUGGUGACCAGAAAAACGACUCUUGAAGACGUUGAAGUCUCAUCAACAAGUUCGGUAGAGUCCAUCGAUGAUCUGAGCUCUUGGUUGAUGAAAACGAACAGCCAGAUCAUCGAUGACGACGAACUGGAUGACCUGUCAUCCAUCGCUUCCUCCAGCGGCACCUUCAAAGACAGUCUCCUGGCUUGGCGAACCCGCGCCGCCGUUGCUAAUCUCGUUCACGCUUUCCAGGCCAUCGCUCAAGCAGCCACCAUCGCGUCGAUGGACGCUUCGAACGCCUCGAUGAAGGACAAUUGGGACGAUGAAGAGGGAUAUUACAGUAGGUUUUUUUGGACAUUAUUUAUGGUGAAGAUAAAGUUUAAAAUGAAGGUUGGCUAAGAUAAUGUUGAUUACUUGCAGGAGUACGAGUUGGCGAGGUGAUCGACAAUCGUUAUCGUGUUUAUGGCUACACUGGCUCCGGAGUUUUUGGAAAUGUGGUCAGAGCGACGGAUAUUCGAAAGAAGGACCGAAAAGUGGCCAUUAAAAUCAUCAGAAACAACGAAAUCAUGUAAGUUGAAGGUGGAGGAGAAUGAUAUGAGUAGUUUAUCUAAUUGGAGGCCUAGAAAUUUUGCAUUAGACUUGCGGAAAAUUAAUUAUAUUUUUAAUUUUACUCCUUGAUAUUAACCUAAUAAAUGGCUUACUUUUCCUGAUAAUGUUCCAAAUUUUUCAGGCGAAAAACGGGAAUGAGGGAACUGGAGACCCUCCGAAAACUGAACGAAACCGAUCGAGAAGACAAAUUCCAUUGUCUCCGGCUAUACCGAUCCUUUAAUCAUCACAAUCACAUUUGCUUGGUAUUCGAAAGUUUAAGGUGAGAUUUUACUGCGGCUUUUGGAUCAAACAGGUCUUGGAGAUGACUUUGUUAGGCUCAGGCCGCGUUAUAAGCACUAAUAUCAACUGUUUCAGUAUGAACUUGCGUGAAUUACUAAAAAAAUACGGAAACAACGUCGGCCUCCACAUGAAAGCCGUCAGAUCUUACGCACAGCAACUAUUAAUGGCUCUGAAAUUGCUGAAAAAGUGCUCGAUAUUACAUGCAGACAUAAAACCGGACAAUAUCCUGGUGGCUGAGAACAAGUUGACCCUUAAAUUGUGCGAUUUUGGAUCAGCCAGUCAUGUUGGAGAUACCGAACCGGCCCCGUAUCUGGUCUCCAGGUUCUACAGAGCACCCGAAAUUAGUAAGUUCAUAAAUUUUGAAGGGUUUAGACAUAGAAAAGCGAAAAAGAUGAAAAAAAUAUAGAUUUUUCGUAUUACUCUUGAUAAAACUCGAUCCAUUUUAGUGCUUGGCCUCCAUUACGACUACGGAAUCGAUCUCUGGUCAGUGGCGGUCACCCUCUUCGAAGUUUAUACCGGCCGAAUCAUGUUCCCAGGCAAAUCAAAUAACCAAAUGUUGAAGUUUAUGAUGGAUAUGAAGGGAAAAUUGCCGAACAAGGUGAUCAGAAAGGCUAUUUUCAAGGAUCAGCACUUUGAUUUCAACUGUAAUUUCAUCUACAAUGAGGUGGAUAAGGUCACGCAAAGGGUAAGGAGGGGUUUUGAUUGGAUGCAGAGGGGAAUUUGAAGGUGGUGGGAAAUUGAGGAAGGUAUUUGGUAGGGCGAGAGAGUAAUUGUGGGGGAUUUGUUAGAAAUUUAUAUUACUUUAGGUAAACUGAUUUUUUUUUAUUUUUGAUAAUUUUUAUUUCGCAUUAUCUAUUUAUCCAAAAUUUAUUCAUGCCGUUCCAGGAGAAAAUAACGAUGAUGCCGGUGAUCAAACCCACCCGCGACCUCCUGACCGACCUCAUCGGCGACCAAGAACUGGACCGAGAUGGAUACAAAAGAGUCGAACAGUUCCGCGACUUCCUGGAUGGGAUGCUCAACCUCGAAACCUCGAAGAGAACCACCUGUGGCGAGGCACUGAAACAUCCAUUCAUCACGGAUCCUCUAUAA